GACAGAAAAGAGAAAAAAUUCGAAACCCUUAAGAAAAAAAACUUCAAACCAAGAAUGAUUCGCAAUCUUUUCUCAUCCCUUACUCAUCGAUUCACCUGGCGGAUUCCGAUUUUCGUACAGGGCGUGACGUUGACGUUGUUUCUGUUGAUCACGGUCGCGGUCAUCUUUUUCGCACCGGAAUUCGCAUUCACCUCGGCUAUUUACCCGUCUUCUUCUUCUUCCGUGCGGAGAAAGUUCUCCUCGCGGCGGUGCGGUUCCGACGCAGCAGUUUUGGUUCCGUUGGAUCUUCCUACGGAGAUUAUCUGUUUGCCGGCGAAUCUUUUCCGGAGGUCGAAGAUGGACUUAGUUGUGUCGAUGAUUUUUGCAGCGAUGGUUGUGGCUCUUUCCGCCGUCUUUGUACGAAUUAUGGGCCUUUGGGAGGCUGAAGAAACCAAUAUACACUAUUGACACCGCAUAGACCACUUAAUAUUCCUAUAGAUCGAUCUAGUGGGAUAUAUACAAUAAUAUGUGCAUCCU